UAGGCAUCGGAGGAGGGGGGAGACACCGUGUAUCUGCCGGCAGAAAACUGCUUUUCCAGUCUCCUCUGAGGAAGAAGACAUUUUUAUCAUUUCACUCGGGGGAAAGUUAAACUUUUUAACCGAGUGGAGCGGGAAAAACAGCGGAACCGACGGUUGUCUCGCGGUGAAUUUACUGAGGCAGCGGCGGGCUUCUCCUGGUAUAAAUGGCCGAGGGGGACCGACGGCUGACUGCGGAGGAAACCUACAACAUGUCGCAGUUUGUGGAGGUUUAAACCGGGACUGUAACCGCUGACUUUUUUUUUUUUAUUUUAAAAACGAAGACCCACAUCUGAGUAUUAUCCUGUGAGGAGGGCUGCAGCUCCACGACUACUGAGGUUUUGGUUUGUUCCUCCAGGUCGGAGCGAAACAGUCUUUUCUGUAGCCGCCAUCAUUCCGUGCUGUAAGGCCGACCCCAAAAUGUCUUCCAAUGGAGACCUCAGCGACCUGGGGAGCUCUGACAGCUUCUGGGAGCCAGGGAACUACAAGAGGACGGUGAAGCGGAUAGAUGACGGCCACCGGCUGUGUAACGAGCUGGUCAGCUGCUUCCAGGAGAGGGCCAAGAUAGAGAAGAGCUACGCCCUGCAGCUGAGCGACUGGGCCAAGAGGUGGAGGGGCGUCGUGGAGAAGGGGCCUCAGUACGGCACGCUGGAGAAGGCGUGGCACGCCUUCAUGCAGGCGGCCGAUCGGCUCAGCGAGCUGCAUCUGGAGCUGCGGGAGCGCCUGGCGAGCGAGGACAGCGAGAAGGUGCGCAACUGGCAGAAGGACGCCUUCCACAAGCAGAUGAUCGGCGGCUUCAGGGAGACCAAAGACGCAGACGACGGCUUCCGCAAAGCCCAGAAACCCUGGGUCCGCAAACUGAAGGAGGUGGAGUCGAGUAAGAAGAGCUACCAUCAGGCCAGGAAGGAGGAGUGGACAGCAUCUACCAGGGAAACGCACGCCAAGGCCGACCCGUCCAAGUCUCAGGAGGAAGUCCGCAAAUACACGACCCGGGUGGAGCGCUGCAACCAGGAGGCCGAGAAAGCGAAGGAGCGCUACGAAAAGGCCCUGGAGGAGCUGAACCGCUGUAACCCGCGUUACAUGGAGGACAUGGAGCAGGUGUUUGACCUCACCCAGGAGGCAGAGCGCAAGAGGCUGCGCUUCUUUAAAGAUGUCCUGCUGGACAUCCACACACACCUCGACCUGUCCGCCAGACAAGGGUUCAGAGACCUGCACCAGGACCUGGGUCAGACCAUCCGAGCAGCCAAUGACACUGAUGAUCUCAGAUGGUGGAGGAACACCCACGGACCGGGCAUGAGCAUGAACUGGCCACAGUUUGAGGAGUGGUCUCCGGAGGCGAGUCGCUCCAUCAGCAGGAAGGAGCGAGGUGGACACUCUGAGGAGAACGUGGUCACCCUCACCAACAUCGUCUCCUCGGGUGGAGACGACGUCCCGCCGAGUCCCAUCACCAUGGACACCGGCAGGGUGAAAGAUUAUUCGUCAGACUGGUCGGACGAGGAAAGUCCUAAGAAGGUGCUGGCAGUGAACGGCGUGGGGGAGGGGGAGGACGAGGAGGAGCAGGUAGAGGGUGUGCAAGUCCGAGCGCUCUAUGAUUACAUGGGCCAGGAAGCCGAUGAGCUCAGCUUUAAAGCAGGCGAGGAGCUGCUGAAGCUGGGUGAGGAGGACGAGCAGGGCUGGUGUAAAGGACAGCUGAGCAGCGGCCAGGUCGGCCUCUACCCCGCCAACUACGUCCAGCUCAUCACAUCCUGAUGCCCCGCCCUCUCCGGUCAUGCAGCCAAUGGUACAACUACACUCAAGAUGCCAGGACCAAUCAAAAGCUGUUAGUGCUGACAUGUA